AUGGACAUUGACGACUUUCCGAAUGACCUUCAACUUGACGACGCGGCUUUUGAGCAGUUUGACGACUAUGAUGCCUUUGCGGAUGAGAUGAUGGAGAUUGCCGAGAAGGCUGACCAACAACAGCAACAACAACAAAAACAACAGCAAGCGUCAAGGACUGUGGCCACUCCUUCUCAGUCUUCAGUGUCUUCGGCCUCAGCCACGGCGACAAGAGCUAGUAGCAGUGGAAUCGGAGCCUUGCCAGCACAACGGGACUACUUGGCCAUGCUGAACGCUCAAACCCAGCUGGUGGAACAACAAGUUGCGCAGAGUCAACAACAGCGUGCCGCAGCGGCUACGGGUGCUGCUACUGCUACAUGGAAAGGUGCUGCUACCAAGAAGGGAGGUAGUGGCGGCGGUGGGUGGAACAAGCCUAUUGGGUCGACGAGUGGUAACGCGGAUGCUCCUGUGGAAGGGGAUUUGGCGACUGUUAAUGUUGCGAAGAAGCGGGCAAAGAUGGUUCGUCUGGAUUCUGAGAAACUGCUUGGUAUUCAAGGAUUCCCGAUGCUGAUGGCUCAAGGAAAGCGAUUCAAGAUCCGGAACAAGUACAGGACAUCUGUGGAGAAGGACGCAAACUCUAAAAAGAACUUGGCGGAUCUGAUGAUUCUGUACCAGACCUGGGCACACAACCUGUUCCCCAAAUCAACCUUCCGAGAUUUUAUCCUCCAAACCGAGGCCAAAUGCAAAUCUGACAAGCAAAUGAAGGCAUCGAUGAACGGCUGGAGGGAUGCUUACUGGGAUGAGGUUAAGGAGAAGCUGAAUGUGGUUGAUGAUUCUGAGCGAGCAGCCAUGACGGCCGAGGAUCGGAUGAAUGGCGUCUGGGAGCAGCAUACAGCUGGCCGUGCUCAAGGAGCUGCAGAGAGCAUGGAACAGGAUCCAUUUCUUGACGCCGAGAAGGGCGACGGACAACCAUCGUCGUCCACCUGGAGCUUUGGUAACGAGGAUACUAAUUUUGCUACCACUGGCAACAGUUCAGGUGGAUCUAAACCUGCACAACCACGAGAAAGACCCGCUGCGGCGUCCAGGAAGGGCAAGGAGAGAUUGGUCGAUAACUCAUCAGCGGCGAUGCGGUUGCAGAUCUCAGAUAAUGAGGAUGAUGGUAGUCAGGAUGAUUAUGAGGUUGCUUUGAGCAGGAUGAGGGACUCGAUGAAUCUGAACAGUCGGUCACCGGUCGUGCAGAGGACAACGAGCAGAAACCAAGAUCGGAGCCGGUCGGGUGCUGAAGCUAUGGACGAGGAUCGUCAGCCCUCGUUGCGGAUAUCUGGCAGUGGUAUGAGUCGUGCUGGUAGCAUCUUUGAUGAGGAAGAGGAAGACGAUGACGAGGCACCGUUGUUCACACACAGGGCGUUGCAGAUGAUUGGAGGAUUGAGUGCUCUAGAGGAGAGGCAGAGAGCAGCGGCUGCUGAGAAGGAGAGCAACGGCAGUAGCAUCAAUAUACCCGGGAAGAAGACCCCUGUCUCGACCCAGAGAGCGACCUUGCCAUCGGACGAGGAAGAAGAGGAGAACAUCAACAACAACACUCUGGAUCAAGCCGACCCAAGUCCUGUGAACCUAUCUUUGGGAUCGCAGUGGGGUUUUGGCAGCGGUGAAAGCAUGUUUGGAGAGUUCAAGAACGCCGGUAGUGGUGUUGCUGUUAAGGGAGAGUCUGGUCUAAACCUGGAUGAUGAUGAAGAUGAUGAGGAGGCUGCAGUGAUUUCACAACGUCGUCCCAAGGCCAGGAAGGCUCUCAUUCUUGAGGAUUCUGACGAUGAGUAA